AGAAUAACUUCCUCAUGUCAUGCAGGUAAGCAUUUCUGUGCAAUUGUCAAGUGAGAAGCCUUCAACACAGUUCUGUAUUUGGGACGAGCUGCAUUCAUAGGCGAGUAAUUUUCCCUCUGAAAUCUACGUGAUUUUGCAGAUAUAAGUGUAAAUUGUUUAACAUGAUGAAAGCACUUCUGCGCAGAAAUAUUACCUGUUUGUUUUCGGAUAAUUCUUCGUCUAUAGGAAAAUCCAAUACGUCUGUCUCGCUUUUUGCGCUUUACUUCUCUACCGCUCCGGAAAGUAAAUCCUUGAACACCCCUACAGUUUUUGAAUUGUUGCGGCACAGACACCAACUCUCGCCUGACGUGGCUUCACAUGUUUCCUCUGUUGUAACCCACUUGAAAAACCCGAAAAAUGUUGAUUCAAUAUUGUUGUUCUUCAAAGAGUUUGGCUUUACCAAAACCCAGUUAGAGAAAACGUUGAAAUCCAGGCCUAGUUUGCUCGUGGCGAGUCUUGAGAAAAUCAUCAAGCCCAAAAUCCAAAUUUUCCAAGACCUUGGUUUUUCUGCGAAGGACAUUGCAAGUAUAAUCUCAAAAGAGCCAGGAGUCUUGCACACUAGCACAAAUAAACGGCUCAUCCCAGCAUUAUCUUUAUUAAAGGGAUUUUUGGGGUCCAACGAAAAAGUGGCCAAGGCUUUAAGGCAAUCUGGGUGGUUGCUGUUAACCGAUUUGGAGAAGAACUUGGUCCCCAAUGUUAAAUUCUUGGAAAACUGUGGCAUAACCAGGGAACAGAUUUCCAUGCUUUUAAAUUAUCUCCCAAGAUUUCUCUUGUAUAAGCCAGAAGACAUGAGAAAAUGUGUAGACAAGGUUGAGGAAAUGGGGGUCAGUAGGAGAUCAAGGAUGUUUAUUUAUUCUGUUGCAAUUGUUGGCUCAAUGAUAAAAGGCAGAUGGGAACUCAAGUUGCAGUCUUUUCGAAAUAUUUUGGAAUUCUCGGAAGAUGAUAUAUUGAGGGUGUUAAGGCAGAAUCCCCAGGUGUUUGCAGUAUCAGAGGAUAAGAUGAAGAAGGUAAAAGAGGUUCUGCUUGCAACUGGGAAAUACAAAACGUCAUGCAUUGUCAAAGAUCCAAAAUCACUGAUGUACAGCAUCGAGAAGCGGUACAAACCACGGUUUGAAGUUUUAGGGAUCUUGGAAAGUCGGCAUCUAAUUGAUAAAUGGCCUCGUCUUGGAGCAAUUUACAGAAUGCCAGAUGACAAGUUUUUUGAGGUAUUUGUAGGUCCUUAUUUAAAUGAAGUUGGUGGUGCAUACCUGGGACAGAAAGCAUUUAAAGAUAGAAAAGAAGCAAGACAUAUAUGAUCUGCUUAAAAAAUUGGGAAUGACUUCUCAGCAACUCAACUUGAGAUCGUUUACCCCUUUAGUCAGUAGUUGGAAUGUAGCUUUUGGGUAGAAUAAUUGAAAUUUAACAAAAAGUGGUGCUUUCUUGUCUCCUUAUUUUUUCAUGCAGCCUGCCAAUGUAACUUUACUAUAUGUUUGCCUUUCUUGUGACAUCAUUAUAGUGCACUUGUGUUAAUUC